ACAUGAGAAAAUUUCUAGACAUUUUUAAUUUAGAUUUUGUUUAGAUGAGCUAUUUUAUGAUAUUGGACCGUUUUCUUUUUCCUUUUUAAGAAAAUCUUGUUAUUGCAUAUAAAUAACUUACCUCUCAUAGCUCAAAGUUUGUUCAUUUCCUGUUAUAUGCGAUGCCUAAAAAUAAACCAUUAUCCCUACAUGUUCAUCUCAGCCGCCAAUGCACAACGGAAAAAACUGCUGAGACAUCAAAUUCCACCUCAUGCAGGGCGCCUUCGCCUUCCUUUUUCCAAACAGAAUUAACGAAAGACACACAGGCAAGAAUCUGUCUUCCCUUGAUAAGAAAGCAAGUGAAUUCUCUGCAUUGUCCAUGCAAUCUUUUUCCUUUUCAAGUUUUGCAGAAAUGGGUUGUCGAGAAUCUAAACAUGCUGUUGCCACAGGAAACACCGUAACUCUCAAGAAAUCUGACGCCGGAAGCAGCAGGAAAAUCAAAGACAUAAAAACUGUCAACGAAACUACCCAGAAAGAAGAAAGCCAAAAUGUGAACAAAUGCUCAGGAGAUGUCGCUGAAGUGAAGGACAUAACUGAUGAAGAUAAAGAGUUGAAGGAAGAAGAUGGUUUUGGUUUUGAAGGCCAAGAACCAGGGAGAUUGAUUUCAAAGGAGUCGCCAAAUCGAUUCUUUUCAUCAAGGAAACAUUUCUCUCCAAGCCUUGUCCCCGAAAAGGAGAGCUUGUUCAGUGAUAUUAUUGAAUCUAAUAACGAGGAAACACAAAAUGGAGAGAAUGCAAUUGCAAAAGAAGAGAAGAAACAGAACACAGACGAGGAGAAGUUGGCAGUUUUAUCAAACAAGGAUCUGAAGAAAACCUGAAGGAAAUGUUAGAAUGAUAAGCUUGUCAUGCAUGUCCUUGUACAUCGUUCGUAUGGGCUCAGAAAUAAAGAAACAAUAUUUAUUUUAGCUUUUUCUUGUCUUUUCAUUAUAUGAUUUACAGCGUAAUCACGUUUACUCCAAAGGUCUAUAUAUUUCAUGUAAAUUUCCAAUUCCAGCUACAGUCCAUACCUUUACCUUCUACAGUUUCCGGUCGAUCUCUGCCACUUCCAUCAGUUCUUGAAAUUUCCUCCAAGGUUAUUUGAAAUCUGAAAAUGGGGAUUAUAGUGUGAGCGAUACAAAAAUGAAAUCUACAACUCGGUUCGACUGAAAAGUGUUAUGGGAUUAUUUAAAAGCAGUAAUAGACCUAACAGAUUAAAAAGAACACACUAUGCUUAUUGAAUUUUGAAUUCAUAGAUUUUGAUUUAAAAUUUAGAUUUCAAAUAUGGAAG